CUAGCAACAAGCUUUUAUGACGCACUAGUCAAAGCAGAGCGCAAAUACUAUUUCAGAAAUCAGAGGAAAUCGACGCAUUGGAUGUGAGCAUGCCCAGGUCCGUCUGAAGGGCAAUGGAAUCUGGUUGUCAGACCUUGCCUGAAGAGCAAAUCAGUUCCGCAAAAAGGAUUUUAAAAGCGGUCAAAGCUAUUUACCCAGACGAAGAUGCAAAUGAAGAACCCAUCGAGCCACCAGACUCCAGUGCCAGCCAUGCCACCUUGUUGGAGAGGUCUGAGAGGUUGUUGAGACCCAGGGCGGAGACAGGCGACCCACAAGCCCAGUUCCUCCUAGGGCUUGUCCACUUUGAAAAGCAUCACUAUGCAGAAGCACUUGAGGCCUUCAACUCCAUCAAGGAUCAAGACCCACAAGCCCUCUACCAGCUUGGAGUGAUGCAUUUCGAUGGCCUGGGGACCCCUGCAGAUCCGGCAUUGGCUGUAGAAUACAUGAGGAGAGUCUCCCAGUCCAGCAGCCCUCAAGCAGGUCACAUCAAAUAUGCCGCACUCUACAACAUAGGCCAGGCUUACCUGGAAGGAUAUGGAGUCCCUGUGUCCAGCACUGAAGCAGAGAGAUACUGGCUGCAAGCGGCUGCAGAUGGAAACCCUGACGCCAGUGUGAAGGCCCAGAGUGCCCUUGGGCUGCUCUACUCCAGGCCUGAGUUGCUGGACCUCAAGAAGGCCUUUUCCUGGCACUCGGAGGCCUGUGGGAAUGGCAGUCUGGAGUCCCAGGGCGCCCUGGGCAUCAUGUACCUGCACGGCCAAGGCAUCCGCAAGGACAUGGAGUCUGGCCUGUACUGCCUGCGCAGGGCAGCAGAGCGCGGCAAUGUGUACGCACAAGGCCACUUGGUGGCGUACUACUACCACCAGAAGAUCUACUCCAAGGCUGUGGGGCUUGCUAAGAGAAUCUCAGAGUACCAGGACAUCUGUGCCAUCACCAGGGAGACGGAAUGUCUGCCUGAGUUUGUCGCUAAGGGCAUCGCCAUGGCGCUCUUCUACUACGGACGCUGUCUACAGUUGGGCCAUGGAACCCCACAGGAUCGGGCCCAGGCUGAGCUCUGUUUUACCAAGGCAGUGAAGCUGGACAGCAAAGUUUGCAAGGAACUGCAGAUGGACAUCACCCUGGGGAAACUAUGACCGCCAUGACAUGAUCGAAUGACACCACCUCAUCCCUCAACCAAAUCAAAUCCUCAACCAUCUCCAUGAUCCCUCCCUAGUCUGUCCCCAUGAUUCUUGCUCUUUUGCCAGAAAUGAUGGAAACAUGAGUACCCAUGUCAAAUUGGA